AUGCCCGACUUGAACAUCCCUGUGGACAAAGCGACGCACUACUUUAAUCUCGUGAUGGUAGUCCCAAUCUUCAUUGGUGGGAUGUUGUGCAUCGUCCUGACGUUCCUCGGCGACAUUAUGGCCAUUAUCGAGAAAGCCCGCCUCUGGCUCUACAACCGAUGCCAGGAAGUUCUGCCGGAGAACAUCAAAGAAAAUUUGUACGAGAGGUUGAGGGAGAGGAGAUUGAGAAAGAAUGUAGAGGCGGGUUCACAUGUAGAAGAGUCGCCAGCGAACGUUGAGGACCACAGCGACAGACAACCAUCUACUACGUCGGUCCCACGUUUGCGACGAAACCACCGCUCCCAGUCGCGUUCACUACUGCCCACCACUCAUCCCGUGGACCCAUACGACGCAUAG